AUGCGGCGCGAGGGGGAGAAAGUGUGGUGUCCCGACCCGCGCAACGUGUGGCAGCUCGGCACUGUGGUCGAAGACGAUGGCGAGAAGCUCCACGUGAUGCUGCCGGACGCCGACGUGGAGCAGCAGUUUACCGUCGCACAAGUGCACCCGUACGACCCGUCGCACGCGCUCGACUUGAGGAAUGUCGCAGAGAUGGACAACCUGCACGAGGCGCCGCUGCUCGACCUCCUGCGGCGACGCUACCUCCAGGACCAGAUCUACACGUACACGGGCGACAUCCUCAUCUCGAUCAACCCGUACAAGAACAUUCCCAUGCUCUACAACUUCCCCGAGCUCGACUCGGUCAUUGGAAAACUCAGUGAGAACCCGAUACCGCACGUCUAUUCGACGGCGCACGGGGCGUACCACGCCAUGAUGCAAAGCGGCAGGUGUCAAUCCGUUCUCGUCUCGGGCGAGAGCGGAGCGGGCAAGACAGAAGCGUCCAAGUACAUUAUGCGGUAUUUGGCCAACAUCUCGGAGAUUGGAAAAAAGACGCCCAAGGUGCUAAAAGAGGAGGCCAAUGCAUCGUCUGUGGAGCAGUGUGUGCUACAGAGUAAUCCGUUGCUUGAAGCUUUUGGAAACGCGAAGACAAUUCGCAACGACAACAGCAGUCGUUUUGGCAAAUUCAUCAAGAUUUUCUACCAUGCGGACGGCACGAUCUCGGGCGCAACGACGAGCCACUUUUUGCUCGAAAAAAGUCGGAUCGUCGGUAGCGCAGAGGCUGAGCGCAACUACCAUAUCUUCUACCAGAUUUGUGCGGGCAUGCUUGCAGAAGAAAAGAAAGCUCUUUAUCUAAAGCCUGCAAGUGAGUUCUGCUUUCUCAAUCAAGGAAAUUGCGUUCACGUGCCAGAGAUCAACGACAAGAAAGACUUUCGAGAACUUGUGGAAGCCAUGGGCACUGUGGGUAUCCCGCCAGACCUGAAGUACUCUAUUUUUCGCCUCGUGGCUUGUGUUUUGCACUUAGGUAACUUGGAGUUUACGGAGAAUGCAAAAAAUGAGUCUGAAAUCGCUCACCCCGAAGACGUCACGAAGUUGGCCGAGUUGAUGAUGGUGACGCCAAGUGAGCUUCAGUUCGCUCUAACAAAGCGCACAAUGUCUGCAGGUGCGCGUGGAUCUGUGGCGGAGAUCGCACUUACUGCUGUUGAGUCUGUCAAGUCACGCAACGGAUUAGCAAAGGACCUCUUUAGCAAGAUCUUCGACUGGCUUGUAUCUCAAAUCAACAAAUCAACGGCUUAUGUCGGGAGCAGUCUCGGUGUAGGCACGGGCUCCAGGUUCAUUGGAAUCCUAGAUAUUUUCGGCUUCGAGAGCUUGCAAGUGAAUUCGUUUGAGCAAUUAUGUAUCAACUACACGAACGAAAUGCUACAGCAGCAGUUUAAUCAGCACGUGUUUGUUUAUGAGCAGGAAGUGUAUGUUGAGGAAGGCAUCGACUUUUCUCGUCUGGAGUUCAAAGACAAUGGGCCGUGCUUGGAUCUGAUCGACAAGAAGCCUCUGGGUAUCUUGCCCCUCUUGGAUGAACAGGGAAUGCUUGGUCGACGUGCCAGCGACGAAAACUUUAUCCAGAAACUACACCAAACUCACUUGCCGAAGAGCAAGGUUUCGGGGGACACGGCAGUUUACUACUCAAAGCCGCGUUUUGCUACGGAUGAAUUUGUGGUUCACCACUAUGCUGGAGAAGUCACCUACAACGUUACUGGCUUCCUGGAAAAGAAUGAUGACUCGCUGCACAACGAUCUGAUCUCACUUAUGGACAGCUCAGAGUGUGAGUUUUUGCGAAAGUUAUAUCCGAUUACCCAAGCAGGCGUGGAAGCUGGUGGAGCCAACCCGCGCAAGCCUAUUCGGAAAGCAGGUAAUAAGAUGACUGGUACGAUGACGGUCGGUCGAAAAUUUCGCGACCAGAUGGCUGAUUUGAUGGUGGAGCUCAAAGCUACGACACCGUCUUUUGUGCGCUGCGUUAAGCCCAACAGCUUGCGUUUUCCACAAGGAUGGAACGCUGAGCUGAUCCUCAAUCAACUGACGUACCUCGGUGUUAUGGAAACUGUGCGUAUUCGUCGGUCGGGUUUCCCAGUUCGGCGACUUUUCGAAGAGUUUCACCAAAAGUACGAAAUCUUGACUCGCGGCAUCGCAAAAGAUAAGCAGGCAAACAUGACGGACAGAGACUACUGUGAAGUUAUACUACGUUUUAUUUCGCGUGAGAACUGGCAGCUAGGCCACAAAAAGGUUUUCCUCCGCGAUAGUCAACUGCGUGUACUAGACAACGAAGCUCGCAAGCUUUUGCACAAGGCCACUACUAUUAUCCAAAAGCACGUUCGCGGGCGACAACAGCGUCAAAGGUAUUUGGAUCUGCGAAAUAAGGUGAUCCGCAUCCAGGCCAUGGUCCGAAUGAUUUUGGCAAGGCGUCGCUAUCGGGUUACGCGUCAUCGUAUAACACUGCUUAACGCUGUGGCAAAGCAGUUCAUUCAGCGUCGAAAGUACCAGCGCCUGCGCAAGGCAGCUGUUCUUGUUCAGAGUCACGUUCGAGGUAAUGCAGCACGCCGGUAUACACUUUAUCUGCGUAACGCCCCGCCUGCUGCAACGAAGAUCCAAGCCCAGGUGCGCCGUCAUUUAGCACGCAAGCAUUUCCUCAAACAAAGGCACGCUGCAGCGAAGAUCGCAAAUGCUCGCAAGAUGCGGAAGCAGCGAGCCGAAUUUAUGGAGAUGCGUAAUGCGUCGAAUACGAUUGCUUCUCGGUACAAGGGUUAUGUUGCACGGCAAAAGUAUCGUGAUAUGCAAAAGGCAGCUAUCGUACUACACGCUGUGGGCCGUGGCUUCAACGCCCGCCUCAAGCACGGUAAGAAAGCCCGUAUGCGAGUGGCUGUGCGCAGCGAGGCUCAGAUCCAAAUUUCGCGAGUGGUUCGCGGAUUCUUGGCCCGGCGUUUCUUUCGAGUCUCGCGGCGACGUAUCAUAAUGAUUCAAGCGCGCGUGCGAGCUAAUCGCGUUCGCACGGAAUACCUGAAGGGCCGGGAAGCUACUAUUAACUCUCAAGCUAUGAUUCGUCGGUCUCUCGUGCGCCGUAGAUUUCUGCUGGAGAAGAAGAUGGCAACGCGCAUUGAGGCGUUCGGGCGAAUGAUAAUUUGUCGUCAGCGUUAUAACGACGAGCGCAAGAAAAUUAUUCUACUGCAGUCUCUUUGGCGAAUGCAUUAUGCCCGUAAGCAGUACAAAAAGAUAGAUCGACAGGUGAUACUGUUACAGUCGCUCUGGCGUGGCUACACUCAAGCAAAGAAGUACCGUGAUACGCGAGAGAAGAUCAUUACGAUUAAAGCGUUCAUGCGCAUGACAGUCGAGCGUACAAAGCACCUAAAGGUGAGGUCAGCUGUGCACGUGUUGCAACUCGCUGUGCGCGCCUUCUUAGGCCGCCGCCAGUUUGCUCGCUUUCGCCGUGGAGUCAUAAGAACUCAGGCACUUUAUCGAGGCUACGUCCAGCGAAAGAUGUACCGCCAAACCAUGCAGCGGAUCAUUAUGGUACAAAGCGUGUUUCGCCGGAAGAGAGACCAUAAACUUGCAGAAGUUCGACGCCGGUCAAUGGCACGAGUGCUUGCUGUUGUUAGGAUAUUCAUGUCUCGAGUGCGCAUGCGAAACCGCACUCAGGCAUUGUUCGGUGCCGCUAACGCCUACGAUCUGACCACGGUACUGCACAUUGCGCAAGAGAUGCCAGGAAUGUUGAGGGUUCGUGAUCGUGACCACGACAUGAUGUCGUUGAUCCACGUGGCAGCCAAGAAUGGGGACCUAAACCUGGCACGCUUUGCUCUCGAGGAAACCCCACAGCUUGAGGACUUGGUGUACGGAAAGGAUAUCACGGGCAGCACACCUCUGCACUACGCCUGCCGCCUGGCGCACUUGGACAUGGUGCGAUUGCUCGCAAGGGUUGCUAACCGAAACUCAACUCCCAAUGGGCACUUUGACUUUGGGACAGCUCGUACGCGAAGCUCGAGUAACACAAGCAGUGCAAGCGAUGAUCCGCCUGAUGUCAAAUUUCGUUCUAUCUCCAGUGCUAGCACAGUUUCCAUGUCGACUCCGUCGAAUCGCUCCCCGUCAAAGAGGGUGUCAAUCGGCAAUCGUAGCCCUGUGGGAGGGAUCAGUCCUCGUCUGCGUGGAAUGUCAACUGGCCCGACGUCGUCAUUUUCGAUGCAACCAGGCUUCAGGCCCGGUGACCACAACGCGCCCAAACAUCAUGGUCGCCGCUCUCUCGUGUCUUCGGUAGCGAAGACAGGGAACAGUCGCCGUCUAUCCUCCUCCGUCGGCGGGCUUCCCCUUGUUCUGCCUACAACACUCCAGAUUGAGGUAUACAAGAAGGGAUUUUUGCGCACGGCCAGCGGUGCACACUGGGCCAAGAAACGCUUCGUGGUGGUGGACGAGGUAUGCUUGUCCUAUUACAGGACGGAGAAAGACAAACUCCCGCUGCAGAUGACCGAGUUGUGCGAUGUUACGAUCAAGCGUAUGUCGGACGUGGACUGCUGCUUUGAGAUUCGAUCACCGCGUCUUAAGAGCGCCAAAAAUCCAGAUGGCGUUCUUUCGUUUGCGGCCGAUGACGAACGAGAGAUACACGAAUGGAUGUUUGCCGUUCGCAAAGUGCAGGGCGUGCGCGUGACCACGACGAGUCCUCCGAACCACAAUAUGAUUUGCAUCGACAGUGGACUGCGACGUGAGUACGUCAACAUGAAGAACAAGCUGGGCUUUACGCCUUUGCACCUUGUCGUACAAAAUGAUGAGGACGAAGGAUUCGAGGCUGCGAAGGUAUGUGUCUGGCUCAUUGAGAAUGGCGCUGAUCCGAAUGCGGUCGACGAGAAUGGAGACACAGCGCUACACUAUGCCGUGGAGCUGGACCGUUAUGACUUGGUUGAGACGCUGAUGAAGCGUGGCGCAGAUUCAGGAAUCAAGAACCUAAAGGGCCUUUCAGCCAUGGAAAUCGCUGAGGAGGAGGAUCUGAAAAAAAUCCUCAAUCCAGCGAUUCAUGCUGGGAAGGCUGAAGAGGGUUCGGCUGAUACUGGUGAAUCUCAGUCCGAUGGAGCUGUUCUCGAUGAGAAAAUGGCUCAAACCGCCCCGUCACUUUCCUCCCCGCCUGAUAGACUGCACGACAGUACUUAUGUGUCCGUGUUUCUUGGUGCUGUGGCUGUUGCCACAUGCCCAAUUAUGGAGACGCCACACUUCAAUCUCUAUAUCAUGGAUUAUAAAGGAGCUAUCGUCGAUACAGCACAGCGCACUCCGAAGUCCCUCAUUCAAACUGGAGGCAAUUACUGGUGGUUUGGCAACACGUGGUACCUACAAACGCCACUUGAGCAUCUUAAAGACGGUAGCGUUGCGGUUAUGGAGCUUCGACACCGAAGUCUUGUCACGCAGGAAGUAGAAGUGGGCUGUUGGACCUUUUUCCACCUGGACGUGAGCAAGAUCACGACGGCACCAGCGACUUUCGAGAUGUACGCGCCGCCCGUGGAUCCGGUCAGUAAGAUUCUUGCUCGUAUCCCUGGAGACUCUUUUCUCCAGGCUGAAAUCAACGUGUCGCUGUGA